GCCACUUCAAGUUAUAAGGUAUAAGCUAUUUGGAGGUCCAGAAAGCGACCAACUCCUUCAAAGAAAAAAUAGGACAAGGGGGUUACGGUAGUGUGUACAAAGGCAAAUCAAAUGACAGCUGUCUUGUAGCGGUGAAGGGGUUUAGGACAAUAGACAAUAGUUGAAACAAAGUGAUUGUUGUUUCGACUGCAAGGCCUAUGCAUGUUUUGAUUUGAUAAAAGCUAUUCUUUGUCUGAUAUGCAUGCUUUGUUCUAAUAAAAGCUAUACCUUUUUUUUAAUAUGCAUUCUUUAUUCUUUUCCUUUUGAGAAUAUAUUUUUUGUCAUGACUAAUUCUUUUCUUGUUGUUUGAUAUUUUACCUUCCAAUUGAUGUAUCAGUCUUUAUAAUUUUUUAUUUUUUUUUUCCUAGAUGAGUGACGACAAUGAAGAGACUCAAGUUCCUGAAACCCAAAUUGAGGAGGAUAACAACCCUACAACAAAUGAAAAUGAUAGCAAUCCUGCAGUAACUGAAAAUAACGACACAGAAGCCACAAUUUCAACUCAAGCUGCUAUGAAUAAAAGGAAAGGUAGAUCUCCUGCUUGGGAACAUUUUGAAAAGAAAGAAAUUCGAGGUCAAAUAAAAGCUGUGUGCAUUCAUUGUAAGAAUAUCUUAGGCGCAAGUAGCAAGAAUGGGACUAGACAUUUACUUGAUCAUGUAAAGUCUUGUCUUUAUAAAAGACAAAGAACCAUAGAUCAAUCAAUGUUGAAUCCUACAAAGUUGAGUGAUGGGAGUGUCAAACUUGGCACUUAUAAUUUUGACCACGACCAUGCCAGGAAGGCACUUGCAAAUAUGAUUAUUCUUCAUGAGUAUCCAUUAUCCAUGGUUGAUCAUAUUGGAUUCAAGAUGUAUUCCAAUGCUUUGCAACCAUUAUUUAAGGUGUGUUCUCGAAACACAAUCAAGAAGGACAUAUUUAAGGUUUUUGAAGUUGAGAGGGAGAAAACAAUGAAGUUGUUGGACACCAACAGAAGUAGAAUUGCCAUUACAACGGAUAUGUGGACAUCGAAUAAUCAAAAGAGAGGAUUCAUGACUAUCACAUCACAUUUCAUUGAUGAUGCAUGGAAUUUACAAAGCCGACUAAUAAGGUAA